AUGCUGCGGAAGUCGCUGCCUGGCUUUGUGCCUGGGAAGAGCACUUUGGCGCACCACAUCACCAUGGCAGAGCAGGAGGAGUUCCACCUGCCGAUAGGAGGGGCGGAGGGCCGCUUGCGGGACGGCAGUGCUGCUGUGCCGGUGCCGGGGCACGGCAAUGACGCAGCACGCGGCUCCCGCCACAACUCCAGGGUACCGGAGGGCAGUGCUGCUGCGGCGAAGCGGGAGGCGCGUAUAAAGAAGUGUGAAGAGAAGCUCAUCAUGAAGCGGCGGAACAUCAACACAGACCUCAACCUCAGCGACGAGCGCACGUGCGUCGCCCUCUGCUUGGAGGAGGCAUGCGUCCUUGUCCUUCCCACGUGUUUCUUUGUGUGUGUGCUACAGAAGAUGUCAGGGGAGGCGGAAAAUAGUGAGUCUAUUUUACCUCUGCGGGCGCUGGGAACGGGACUCUACGGCCCCGAGUCGAGCGAGUGGAACUUAAUGUCAUCUAUUUUACGCAAGCACUUGGAAGAGUAA